CCGCUCUUUUGACAUUGUCAGGUGUCUGUUUGCCAACCAACACAUGUCGGCUUCCGUGCGCAUCACGACUAUGUAGUUGUCUGUUCAGUAUAAUAAUGCUUGGGAUAAGUUUACGUGAGGCAGCUGCUGCCCUGAGGCGUGGUCAACUAAGCCCUAUAGAAUUGUGCCAGAAGUGUCUGUCAUUUAUCAAGGAAACCAGAUUUCUUAAUGCUUACGUAAAUUUAACUGAAGAAGUUGCCCUUAAACAAGCCGCUGAGGCAGAAAAACGCUUCAAACAAGGCAAGCCUCUUGGGGAAUUAGACGGCAUCCCAGUUGCAGUUAAAGACAAUUUUAGCACCACCAAUAUAGAGACAACAUGUGCAUCACACAUGCUUAAAGGUUACAUUCCUCCCUAUAAUGCCACAGUUGUGCAGAAACUACUUGAUCAAGGAGCCGUGCUCAUGGGAAAAACUAACCUUGAUGAAUUUGGUAUGGGGUCUGGAAGUACUGAUAGCAUAUUUGGCCCAGUGAAAAAUCCUUGGAGCUAUUCCAAACAAUACAGAGAGAAAAGAGCAGCAUCUGGUGCCGUUGCCGAUGAAGACUCUGAUUGGGUCAUCGCAGGAGGAAGUUCAGGAGGAAGUGCUGUGGCUGUGUCUUCUGGAACAUGUUGUGCGGCUCUGGGAUCAGAUACUGGCGGGUCCACCCGUAACCCAGCAUCUCACUGUGGAAUAGUGGGCUUUAAACCCACAUAUGGACUUGUUUCUCGUCAUGGCCUUAUUCCCUUGGUAAACUCUAUGGAUGUUCCUGGAAUUUUUACCAGAUGUGUAGAUGAUGCUGCAACAGUGCUUGGUGUGCUUGCUGGCCAUGAUCCACUAGACUCCACAACAAUCCAAGAUCCCUUUCAAAAAUUUACACUUCCAGAUGUGAUAGAUGUAACCAAUCUUUGUGUAGGAAUUCCAAAGGAAUACCAUGCCCCUGGCUUAUCUACAGAAACACUGUCUCUUUGGUCAAAAACUGCAGAUUUGCUAGAAGAUGCUGGAGCCAAAGUAGUUGAAGUUUCGCUGCCACAUACUCGCUACUCAAUUGUGUGCUAUCAUGUACUCUGCGCAGCUGAAGUAGCAUCGAAUAUGGCUCGAUUUGAUGGACUAGAAUAUGGGCAUCGCUCAGAUAUAGAGGACUCAACAGAAGCCAUGUACUCUGCUACAAGACGGGAAGGUUUUAAUGAUGUUGUGAGAGGAAGAAUACUGUCUGGGAAUUUCUUUCUUCUGAAACAGAACUAUGAAAUGUAUUUUCUGAAGGCUCAGAGAGUGCGACGACUAAUAGCGAAUGACUUUACAAAGGUUUUUGGAUCUGGUGUGGAUGUUUUACUUACUCCUACUACAUUAGAUGAUGCAUCUGUUUACCUAGACUUCAUCCAAGAGGACAACAGAACUCGAAGUGCACAGGAGGAUGUCUUCACACAAUGUGCCAACAUGGCUGGUAUUCCUGCUAUAACGGUUCCAGCAGGACUUUCUAGUAGAGGAUUACCACUUGGCCUUCAAUUCAUAGGACAAGCUUUCCAUGAACAGCAGCUCCUCAGUGUUGCUAAAUGGUUUGAGAAGCAGAUGGACUUCUGCCCCUUGGAGUUUUAUAGACAUUUAGAAAAUGUGAAAAUUCUUCAAAGUAAUAUUAAAUUGGCUUCUUCAUUGUAGCAUAUUCAGUGAAACAAGUAUGAUAAUGUGACUAUUUUGCAAGAGGCUGCUUAUGGUUUCUAUUGAAAUAUUUCUGUAUAUUUUAUGUGUAAAUAAAAAGGGAAUCAGGUAGUAUUUGUAUUGUAAAUGUUUUGAUACUGAUCAGUUUUUUCUUCAGUUCUUCACUCUGACGUGAAUAUUCUUGGUAUUCUGGCAUUGUAUUGGUUCCUGUUCCUACUAAGUGGGGGGUUCUACAUCAUCCGGUGCUGGUCCUUUAGGCGUCCUUGAGCUGUAUGCAUUGCCCAGUUUUGUUUCUUUUUGUAACAGUUGUUUGCUGUUAACUUUUCACUACUUUGUAUGUCCCUACAGUAUAUGACAAAUUGGUCCCCCAAUAGCUUUUUUUUUUUUCACACAUCAUUAAAUUACACAGUUUCCA